ACACAAGCAGCCCAGAGGUGUUAACACUUUCUCCUUAGACGUCCAGAGACACCAGAAACCAGAGCAGCACUUGUUCACGGUUAUCAGAUUUCUCUCUUUCUCUACAGCUCUGUGGGGGAUUUGUAGAACUUAAGGAAAAGCUUUGACUGGACUUUUAAAGAAGUGAAUUUAACUUUUCCUUUGGGGACGACAUGGCACUUCGGCAGAACUCUGACAAGGAGCCCAGCAUCGAGUUGUUCAUUAAGGCUGGACAUGAUGGAGAGAACGUUGGGAACUGUCCUUUCUGUCAGAGGCUCUUCAUGGUGUUGUGGCUGAAAGGAGUCAAGUUUACGGUGACCACUGUUGACAUGAGGAAGAAGCCAGCCGAGCUCAAAGACCUGGCCCCCGGGACCAACCCUCCUUUCCUCCUCUACAACGGCACCCUCAAAACAGACUUCAUCAAAAUAGAGGAGUUUCUUGAGCAAACACUGGCCCCUCCCAGGUAUCCUCAUCUCAGCCCGCUGAACAAAGAGUCCUUUGACGUGGGCGCUGACAUUUUUGCAAAGUUCUCUGCUUUCAUCAAGAACAGCCCCAAUAACGCCUUUCACGAGAAGAACCUGCUGCGGGAGUUCAAGAGGCUGGACAUCUACCUGAACUCGCCGCUCCCCGAGGAGGUCGACCACAACUGCAGAGAAACCACCACCGUCUCCAAGAGGAAGUUCCUGGACGGCGACCGCCUCACCUUAGCUGACUGCAACCUGCUGCCCAAACUACACGUCAUCAGGAUUGCUGCCAAGAAGUACUGCGACUUUGACAUCCCGGCAGAGUUCACGGGCGUGUGGGGAUACCUCCAAAACGCCUACGAGAGAGAGGAGUUCAAACAGACGUGUCCGGCUGACAUCGAGAUCGAGAAGACUUACUUCAGCGUGGCCAACAAGAGGAAAUAAAACCUUUGAUUCUCUGUAGUUAAUGUGCUGUUUUCACUCAGUGUAACCGUGCACGUACAGACGGUGAUCUGUAGAAGGUGCUACAACCUACAAGAAUAAACUGUGGCAAUGAAUCAGACACUAUUCCACCUUAAAACACCUGUUGCAGCAAGACUUUGCUGAACCUUGUAUGUAUUUAUUCAUAGUCACUCACAGACAGAUGGUAUCUUUAUGCCACGUUGAAUAGGCCAUAUGUGCAAUUCUGUUUAUAGUGUAAAUAGAUAUUUUUUCCACGCUUUUUAUGAUCAAAACACCCUCGUUAAAAUAAACAUGAUUGUGUUAGUGUGAGCAGCAGAAACCUUCAAAAACAGUUCAUAUUUAUGCAAAUCAUGAAAUAAACUUCUGUAUCUGA